UUUUGCCGGCCCACCUCCGGGCGCCACAGCUUCGCUCUGGUCCGGUGGUCUCGUCGCGGGCGGCGGUGGCAAACUUCCACCUCCCGCCCGCCGCCUCCGCCCGCUUUCCCCCUCCGCCGCGCCGCACAUGCUCCCCCGCCGCGUCCUCCUCCCGGCACCUCGCGCCCUCUCCACCACCACCACCACCGCAACCACCACCGCAACCGUGCCGGCGCCGCUCUCCGCCGGGGAGCUCGAGGCCCUCCUCCGCCGCGACCACUACUCGGCCUCCACCCGCCGGUUCCACUCCCUCCUCCCGCUCCUCUCCCACCCCUCCCUCCUCCUCGCCUCCGCCCUCCUCCUCCACUACCGCUCCCACCCCUCCCUCCCCCUCUCCGCCCAGCCCCCUCCUCUCCCCAUCACCGCCGCUCCGCCCUCCCCAUCCUCCCACCUCCGCCUCAUCCUCCCCUCCCGCCUCAAGGGCCGCCCGCUCCCGCUCCCGUCCCUCCCGCUCCGCCUCGCCAUGCUCUCCGCGGCCUCCGCCCUCCACGCCGUCUUCGCCCCGCGCGCCGCCACCUUCGCCUACCGCGCCCGCCACGCCGCCGUCCGCUACCUCCGCUCCAUCCCCAACGCCACCUGGUUCUUCCGCGUCGCCAUCCCGCGCCAGCCCUUCGCCCCCCGCCACGUCCGUCGCCUUCUCGACGCCAUCUCCGGGAAGGUCGACGACCCGGGCUUCCUGGACUAUCUGCGCGAGCUGUUCCUUUCCGAUGCGAUAGCCUUCGAGCUCGGCGGCUCCGACCUCUGCCGCGGGCUCCCUCAAGAGUCCGAGCUCACCAGCACGCUGCUCAACAUAUUCUUUGAUCCUGUGGAUAGAGAGGUGAUGGCCAUCCGGGAGGAGGUGCACAAGAAGAAUCCUAGAGUCAAGGAUGAGAGCGUCCGGCAUACGCCUGUGAGAGUGUAUGCGGUCCGGUAUCUCGACGAGACGAUGGUUGUGACGUCCGGGUCGAAGAUGCUCACACUUGAGGUCAGGGAUAGGAUCCUCACAGUGUUGGAGAGGGACUUGGAGGUGAAGGUUGACAGGUUUGGUAGCUCACUCCACAGUGCAGUGUCAGAGAAGAUGGAAUUCCUGGGGAUGGAGUUCCAAGCUGUGCCGCCAUCAGUCUUACACCCUCCCAUGUCUGAGAAGGCCAAGAGGGCAAGAAAGAUGUAUCUGAAGAGGAAGGCAGCAGAGGCACAGGAGCUGAAGAAUGCCCGGGAGACACGGAGGAAGAAGCUUGGGUUGAAGAUACUGAACCACCUGUUCAAGAAGGUGAGGCGUGGGCAUGAGUUCGAGUUUGGCUUCCGAAUUGAGGAUGAAGUGUGCCAGGAGUUCAAGGGUUGGGCAGAGGAGACAGUGGUCGAAUACUUCAAGUCACAGGAGCAUCGCCGUUAUUGGCACCGAUUGUUCACAUCCGGUGACUUCUUGUCACUGAAUAGGGUUAGGGAUCAGUUGCCACCAGCAUUGGUGGACUCCUAUGAUCAAUUACAGGAAACAUUUGACAGGUUCUUGAUGCCGAGGAGGGGCCAUGACAUGACUGAGGACGAGGAGAUGCUAGCAGAGGAGGAGGACGAGAGACAAUACGAGAAGAGGAUUGUUGAGGACUUGACAGAGUUGAAGAUGAUGGUCAAUGAGCUUGUAAGAAAGGCGGUAAAGUUGGCUGGAUUCACAAAUUCCAUGGGACGGCCACGGCCAAUAAAACUACUCAUCUGUCUGGAUGAUGCAGAUAUCAUCAAAUGGUAUGCUGGUGUGGGGAGGAGGUGGCUAGAUUUCUUCUUCUGCUGUCGGAAUUUCAAGAUGGUCAAGAUUGUUGUGAGUUAUCACUUGAGGUUCUCCUGCUUCUUGACAUUGGCGGAGAAGCAUGAGUGCAGCAAGAGGCAAGCAAUUAGCCAUUAUACAAAGGAUUUGAAGGUGACAAAUGAGAAUGGAGUGGCAGAAGUGUACUUCCCAACAGAGAGGGAGAUCAAGAUGAUGGGUGAUAAGAAUCUCUCUGAUCCAAAGCCUGUGGAUGGAGCCUUGACAAUGAUCUUGGUCAGAUUGGCAGUCGAUGACACCUCCCUGCCGUGCCUGGCACAUUUUUGUGCUGGAACAGAAACUGCCCUUUACCGAAUACGUCUUCUGCAGAAUCGCCUAAAUGUAGACCCUUUGAGUGAAAAGAAGUGGGUCCAAGGGCUAAGUGCCAUUCAUGAGAGUCUGAACAAGAAAUGUCUCCCACUGUGCUCCAUGCAUGCAAGCGAUCUACUUCUUGGCAAGAUUACUCUCCAAGAUAUUGAUUGUACUCAGUUUGUUGAUGUGGUGUGAAAUGAAAAAAAAACCCUCCACGUUACCUUGUUCAAAACACACAGCUCACAUAAAGAUGCAAUACUGCAGUGCUUGCCAAAUGUAUUUAGUGUUGAUUGCAUUUGGUGGAGUUAGAUCAGCAUUGUACAUAUCCUGGAUAUCCAUGCUGUCAUUGGGCAGAACAAAUAUGGAUUAAUAUUUUUUCCAGAGGAGUCAUGUGGCAUGCUAGUUACCACUGCAUGUGCAAACUAACUUCAUAUCAAUGUUACUCAGGAGGAGAGGACUGCAGCCACUUCCCUUGCUAUGCGAUGGUUGAUUCACUAAAAUUUGAGGCAGUUCUGGUUUUGCAUUUAUGAAGGAAAGGAGCCGAUCGAGUUUUUUACUAUAUUUCAGAACUUGGUUAUAUUCAAGGGUGGUGCUAGUACUGGUUAUAACAAAUAUGUCUUGGAAAAUGGCACUGAGGAUGAUACAUAUUCGGAAAACCGGGUUGCACUUUUCCAGCUUCAAGUUUAGUACCAGAAAAUAUGCAAGCAAUUCAAGUUGACACGGCAGCACCAUUGCUGAACUCUUAUUAUUGUUACAUACUACACGAUGGAGACACGGUAAUUACUUGGGUUGGGAACCUAAGCUCGUCAAUGGACCACGGGCUUGCUGUGAGGCAGGUAGAUGUGCUCAAGGUGUGGAGAACACUAGGUCCUGCCGCUACGAGUGCCCUGCUCUAAUAAGUUUGCUUAGAUCAGAGGAGAGUGGGUUGUACAACGAUCAGCAUCGGGAGAACACAAUCAUUCAUUGUCUCUGAACUUUGGAGAGACGAUGCACUGGCCAUCUCACAAGCAUAUACUAGAUGUGUACAGCAGAGAUCUUAUCAAACAGUUGAGGUAGAACAACGUCAACCUGCAAAAGUGUUCUGCAUUGCGGGGAGCUCCGUAGGAUCAAUGGAGAAUGUGCCUUUUACAAACCUGCAGCUGCAAAGUUUUGUGUGGGAAGCUCAGUCGAGAGCAGGCAAAUGACGACGUAAGGAAGAAGAUGGAUGUGUUUGCAGAAUUAGGAGCUAAGAGCAUCUCCAGCAGGGACCCUGGCCCGCCUCCGCCCCUCAGUACUGAUCCUCCCGCCCCCGAGAGCUUGUCAGAGGGCCCUCCAACCGCGCCACUACUCGUCGUGCUGCCGAGCUCACUCAGCCAUGCCGACCUUGGCUUCGACGAGGUCCUCGGAGAUGCCAUCGCCUCGAUGUCUGGCUGCCGAGGCUUCACCCACCUCCCUGCUAGCAGACGAGGAGCCCAAAAGUCUUCUUGGGAAGAACUAAGUUUUAUGAGAUGCCAAGCCUGGGCACAGGGCCAUUGAUGUUAAUUAAGUGGUUGUCUACAAGUGGUUCAGGAUUUCGUCGUUUACGGAUCGUAUCGUCAGUAAACAUGUGGGCGGGGAUGGUUUUGACGGCAAACGGUGCACUAACUACUGACAAAUGUAGGCCAUGUGGACAGAAAAUAUGUGAAAUACAACUCACUAUACAUCCUGCUGUACUUGGGAAAGCGUGAAUCUAGAAGAGAAGGGACGAGUGGGAUAAAGAGCGUGUGUGAGCACGAGCUCAGACUGGCACUUUCGCACAUCAGCUCCUUGUACAAAUUUAUUUACUGUCUGGAAAAUGGCCUUGUUACCAUUAAUUUAGCAGAAUAGGAACCCAUUGCAGAGAUAUUUCUUGGGGCGGUAUCUUCUUCAACCUUGUAGGUGUAAAGCAACCGCUGAAGGUUGAAUGUCCCGAGCAUGACCUCCUGAUUCUCCAUGUACUCCCUCGGUUCCUAAAUAUUUGACUUUCUAGAGGUUUCAACAAGUGACUA